AUGACAGUCAACUAUGGCUGUUGUACCUGCUCUUCAAGGAGCACCCAGAGCCAGGGAAAUGGAGAGCGCGCCGCUGGCUCCUUCAAAAUCGACAUGCACACCCAUAUAAUGCCACCAUCUCUCCCCGAUUUCUCCAAGUCACACGGCAAUCCCGACGAAAACGGACACGACUGGAUGACUCUCCGACCACAUCUUUCAUCGAACAAAGAUUAUGAAGAGUCCGAAAGUUACAUCAACAAUGGUGCCCCAUCAUCUGUCUCUCCCAAAGUUGAUAUGUUCGUCGGCGACAAAUUCUUCCGAACUGUCGAGCCGAAUUGUUUCGACCCAGAAGUACGUACCGCAGAGAUGAAUGCGACGGGUGUUGAUAUCCAGAUCAUCAGCACGGUGCCAAUAUUAUUUUCAUACGACAAGCCAAUGAAGCCCGCGGGAGCCUUGGCUCGAUACCUCAAUGACCAUAUUGCGUCCGUUUGCCAUGACCGCCCAAGUCGGUUUGUAGGACUAGCUACAGUCCCGUUGCAAGAUGUAUCCGGUUCUAUCGUGGAGCUUCAACGAGCAAAGAAUCUCCUUGGUCUGAGAGGCGUGGAGAUUGGAACGGAGAUCAACGGGAAGACGUUGGAUGAUGAGGAUUUUGAGCCCUUCUGGACGGCGUGCGAGGAGCUGGACUUCCCGAUCUUCGUGCAUCCACUCGGGCCAAGCGAAACAGCACUGGCUAUGCACGCCAUACUCUCUUCGGGUGUUCUAGUCCGACAUCCCAAGUUACGAUUCUGCUUUGCGCAUGCCGGAGGUGCUUAUCUUCCUCUCCUUGGAAGAAUUCAACACGGUUACGACUGUCGACCUGAUCUAGUAGCACAUCGCUCGCAGGGAUUAUCGCCAGAGACAUAUUUUCAGUCCCACCAGCAGAAUAUUUGGAUUGACAGUUUGGUCCAUGAUCCGGACUUGCUUGAAUUCAUCUGCAAGAAGAUUGGAGCUGAUCGUGUAAUUAUGGGAAGUGAUUAUCCGUUUCCGCUUGGGGAGAUGCCGGUUCCUGGUAAGAUGUUGGCGAGUGAUAAGCAGGUUGCUGAGCUUUUCUCGUCCGAGGCGAGGGCAAUGAUGCUGUAUGGAAAUGCGAUCGAAUUUUUGGGGUUGCAGGAUAUUUUUAAGAGAUUUUAUUUACACUCUUAA